AUGCAACAUGACCAAGUGCUCUCCCCAAUUGGCCAGGGCCAUGACACGAGGCAAUGGACUUACUGGAGGAACAUGACCCUUCUCUUCCUCCUAUACUUCAGCCAAGGGGUCAUUGCAGGCUUGGUUGGGGGCACCUUCCCAGUUGUGCUCAGAGAGAGACUCUCCUAUGGGCGAAAUGGUCUCUUCUCCAUCGCGCUUUAUCCAUAUUCAUUGAAAGCGUUAUGGAGUCCAUUAAUCGACGCCAUGAGGAAUCGGCAACUGGGCCACCGAAAGGGUUGGAUUGUUCCAGCGCUGGUCAUUUCAGGGUUGAGUCUGCUGAUACUGGGGUUGAAUAUGCCCUUGUUUAUGAAGAUGAUAUUGUCAGCAAAUGCUGGAGUGGUGCUCGUCGUAACUAUACUGUUGGUGGUUGUGUUAGCCAGUGCCACCCAGGGCGCUGCAGCGGACGGAUGGGCUCUGGAACUGUUUUCUCGGGACCAUGCCCACCACGUCUCGAUCACUCAUCAUCUGGGUAUGGUGCUGGGUGAAUUCUUCUCGUACUCGGCGUUCUUAUGGAUUGCGUCGCUCCGGUCUGACAGUCCACCCCAAGCACAAACACCCAAUGGUAUUGAUCACCUAUUGUCGGGCUUCGUGACAUUCUGUGCUUUGAUCAAUUUGGGGCUCGCGCUCCCUUGUGUGCUAAGUACGCCUGAGGUCAUUUUCCCGGGCCAGGAGCGGCAGACAAUGUCAGUCAAGGCCGCGUAUAAGAGGACGUUGGAAUUAUUUGGUCUGAAGCCACUUCUAAUGACCACCCUAGUGCAUCUUCUCUCUCAAAUCUCCUUUGAAGCGCACGAUGCCGCCACCAACCUCAAGCUAUUGGACCAGGGCUUUGGGGAAGCCAACCUAGCCAUCGUAUCUACAAUUGAUCUCGUCAUGGACAUGCUGAGCUCGUACAGCACGAAAUUCCUCUGUGUCAAAUUUCGCCCCCUUGAACUCUGGUGUUGGGCAUUUGUUGGCCGUACAAUUGCCGUGCUUCUAGCACAACUUAUUAUCGCUUUAAAUUCUGGGCCCCGAGACCCAAAUCACCCUUUGCUUUUCGCCCUGGUGGUGGUAGAGCACGCUUGUUCAACUAGUACAGCUACCAUUAUGUUCGUGUCCUUUCUCACAUUCCACCUGCAAGUAUCCGACCCAGCAUUCGGAAGCACUUACCUCACACUGUUGGCAACGUAA